CGGAGCUGUCAAGUGACGUAUGUUGCUGUCGUGGCGUUCGUUUUCGUUUUCAGAGAGAAAGAAAGUAGCAGGCCGCCGAGUUGAAUCGCCGCUGUAUUCCAAAAACUAACUGAUUCCUCAAUAAAAACCACCUCAAAAACACGGCCACAAUGUCCCGUCAACUGUUUGCCAUCUGCCUCAUCGCUGCCGUUUGUGCGUCCGGCGUCUAUGGAAGCUGCAAGGCCACCGUGAGCUCCUUCAGCACGCAGGAUGCCACGAUUCUGACCCAACUGGCCCAUGUGGGCGAGUUCACGCUGCAGUGCAGCGGAGCGGCACCCGCUAGCCUGUUCGCCGAGUUCCCCUGCGGCAAGGUGGUGCCGGUGGCCAAGGUCGGCGAUGACAAGUAUCAGGUGAGCUGGGUGGAGGACAUCAAGCAGGGUAGCAGCGGCAACGUCCAGGUGCGUCUCUUCGACGAGGAUGGCUAUGCCAAUGUGCGCAAGGCCCAGCGUGAUGGCGACAAGGUUUCCUCGGUGAAAUCCCUGCUGGACAUCUCUGUGCCCACCAAGGGCGCCUACAAGGGCCCCUGGAUCAAGGCCGAACUCCUGGCCGCCUUCCUGGUGGGCGGAUUCGCCUACUUCGCCUUCACUGCCAAGGGCAAGGUGCAGUCCUAAAUAACGGAUGCCUUCGUCAUCGAUUCCUUGAAUGAAAUUCAUUCGCACUAAAAUCAUGUAGCAUCAAUUUGGCCGGGUCCCACUGAGAUUUUUCCACAUUUUGUACACUACGCAUCGGAGCACCCGCCGACCCCAAAUAAACCGAUCAAUAAAACUGGA